AUGGCGGAGAAAGGAUGCUAUAAAAGGCGAGGAAUGACUGCCGCUCUCAUCAGUACAUCCACACGUGCGGGACCCGCUGUGUCUUCUUGCCUCUCGCACUUGCUGACUGGGAGUAGCCUUUGUAUUAAGAAUUACACAGCAAUGACGACGUUACGGCCCCACAGGGUCUUAUUCAUAGCCAUCGGACUCAUAGCAUGGACCUGUUUCGCGGUUAGAGCACAAGAAGAGGAAGCCGUCUUCAAUGCACUGACAGCAGUGGACAUUAUUAGGCUUGGUGAUCCAGAUGAUGACAUGAUAGUUGGUGAAGCUGGCAGCAAUUACCCAACAUAUGCUGAAGUACCCAAUACUUCUUUUAGUUGUGAACAGCAAGGCUUUCCUGGUUAUUAUGCUGAUCAAGAUACUCAAUGCCAAGUCUUUCACAUUUGUGUCACUCAAGGUCGACGGCUUGAGAAGUUUUCCUUCUUGUGCCCCAAUGGAACCAUCUUCAAUCAGCAGUACUUAGUGUGUGUUUGGUGGUAUGAUUUUGACUGUGGCCAGGCUUCGUCUUUGUAUAGCAUUAAUGCUGACAUCUUUGGUGACACCCCUUCAACUCUUCCCAGCAAUUUUCUUGAUGAUGUCACCGGAACGGCAGCUGCUAGUGCCCCAAGAGGUCGGCCUACUACAGCCAGAUUUCCAGUAACAGGAAGUGGUCCACAAGGUGAUUUGUCUGACGGUGGAAUAUUACCAUUUUCACCCCGAGAAGGUGUUACUGGCAGCAGAGGGGGUUUACCCACUAUAGCUAGUGACCCAGAUACUAGAGUAGGGCUACCCACUGUUACUGGGGACCAAGGUAGUAGAAGAGGAUUAACAACGCCACCAGGUGGCCAAGGCACAAGAGGUGGAUUACCCAGUUCACCAGGUGAACAGGGCACUAGAGGGGCACUACCUACUUCUGUAGCUGGCCAAGGUACAAAAGUUGAACCACUCUCUGCAGCAAUUGGUCAAGGUAUUGGAGGAGGAUUACCUUCUUCAGUAGCUAUCCAAGAUGCAAGAGGUGAAUUACCCAGUUCAGGAACUAGUCAAAGUACUAGAGGUGGAACAUCUGAAAAUUUGCCAUCCAAGGUUAGUGGUACACAAAACUUAGGAGGAUUUCCAAGCACCCUUGGAAUUCAAAGCAGGCCUGGAACUUCUGGAUCCACUCUUGAUUCUACACGUAGGCCAGGCAUAUCUAGAGACAAAACAGGAGCUACAGGAAUAGAAGCAGGAGCCCAAACUAUAUCACAGUUACCUGCUGAUGUUAGUAAUAGAGGAGGACUUUCCUCUGGUUUUGUGGAGGAAUCAUCUAUUACUCCUGGGUUUGGAAUAAGUCAACCAGGUACCUCAGGGACGCCCACUGCUUCAAGAAUUAGGCCUACAACUGCAGGAGUUUCUUCAGGUGGAAUAACAAGCACUGAUGAAGGGCAGCUAGUAGAUCUGGGUAGUCAAACAAGUGAAGCAGGAAUUACUGGCUCAGGUGGUGGGCCUGGAAUAACAGAAGGAUUUACUAGUCCAGCAUUAGGAACAAGUGCAGCAGGUGGAUUUACUGGCUUACCAAGUAGAAGUGGUUCAACAAGUCAAAUAAGUGAAGCAGGAAUUACUGGCUCAGGUGGUAGGCCUGGAAUAACAGAUGGAUUUACAAGUCCAGCAUUAGGAACAACUGCAGCAGGUGGAUUUACUGACUUACCAAGUAGAAGCGGUCCAACAAGGGGAUCCAGUGCAGUGUUAGGGAGACCUGGUACAUCAGAAAAUUUCAUUGACACUGAUUCAGAAUUCCCUCCUCUUACAUCUGAUAAUCUAGGAUUUGUUGAUUCAGGAAUCACACCAGCAGGACCAGGAGGAUUUACCACUUUUACUGAUGGGUUAGGUUCAACAAGGCUCUCUGAUCAAAUCAGUGAAUCUGGAGCAACAAGUGAAGUUGUUGGUUUACCAGGCAGGCCCAGUACUGCAGAUCUUAUUGGGCCAUCUGGUAAGCCUGAGUUGACAGGAUUUGUUAGCUCAUUGGCCAGCCCUACAGCAGUUGGAGGAAAACCUGGUACUGCAGGGAUAGGUUCUGAUUCAUCAAAUAAACCCAGUACCACUGGAGGAUUUAUUAGCUCCUUAGGUACCCCAGGCAUAACAGGAGGACUUACUAGCUCACUGGAUGAUCCUUCCUCAACUGGAGGAUAUACUAGUUCAGUAGAUAGACCAGGUACAACAGGUGGAAUCACUGAUUCAUCAGACUUGCCUGCUUUAGUAGGAGACAGGAUAUUGCCAUCAGACAAUGCCCCUGGUACUACUGCAGGAUUCCUUGGCUCAGCAGGUACCCCUGGAGUAGACCUAGGAACUGCUGGGGUAGUUUUUGAUCCUGCAGGUGGACAAGGCAUAUCAGAUUUCACAUCUUUAGUUACAAGACCAGAAAUAACUGAUGCAUUAACCUCUCCUGUAAGUGACCCUCUAUCACAAAGCAUAUCAACAAGUUUUCCAACUGAAACAUUAAUAUCAGCAGGAAUACCAGAUGGAACAUUAUUACCUUUGUCUGUAAAACCAACAAUUACUCCAGGGCAAACCUUCUCAGAGGUUGACUUUGGAACUUCUCCAAGUGUAAGUGACAGCUUUUCAGGUGAUACAGAAAGCAUUAUUAGCCAGUUAGACACGGCAGGGAGAAUUACAGUACCAGGUAUUGGUGAUGCACAGACCACUUCCUUUAGUGUAUCAGGCAGCCAGGGAACUUCACCUGUGAGUCCUCCAUUAGGUGGUUUGUUUGAAACAUUCCCAAGUCUGACAGAAGACCCAGCACGUGGGACAUUAGGCAUUCAAGUUGACCCAGAGAGUAUUAAUAGAGAAACUUCAACUGGGCAGUAUGAUCAGUCACAAGAUGCUAUUAGUCAAGAUACAUUCCAGGAUCAAGGACUACUCACAACCCAGCAAGGACUAACUAGACCACAGCUUUUCCAAGGUCAAGAAGAAUCUAUCUUGAAACAGACAGAUCCCGCACAGGUAUCAAGUGCAGGACUUGAUCAAGAUAGCUUUAGCAUUACUCAAGGUAUACUUAGUCAAGAUCAGUCACAUAAUGAACAACUUCUGGGUAAAGAUCCUACUCCAGGAUUGGCAGACUUAACUGGUAUAGUAUCAGGCCAAGUGAAUGAAGACCAAAGUCAAACACUGGGUUUUGUGCAGGGUCAGGGACAAGCAGAUCCUUCUACAGAAAGGCAGUCUAACCAGGGCUAUAGUUAUCCAGUUCCUUCAGAUAGUUUAACUCCAGGUUUAGGAAUUAAUACUGCAACAGGAUCACAAAGCACAAGUCAUGGAAAUGUUAUUCUGAUUACAGGAGAUCAAGGUAUCUCGUUCUCUGUUCAACAUCAAACACAAGGCUCAGAAAGAAAUGGUUUCAGAGGCAUAGGUAAUAUUGAUGAUAAUAGUAAUGUCUUGAUUUCACAAGGAACUUUCGCUAAUCAACCAUUCCAGAAUAAUGCUGAAUAUCAGACUUCUCAGGUAACAGAAAAUACAUUUUUGAAUAAUGAUGAUAAUAAUAAUAAUUUUGACAGUACAACAUUUGUAAUUGAUAAUUUAUCAUCUGCUGUUAAUCAGAAUCAGCCUGCGAGUAACUUUGUCAACAUAGUUUCUGAAGGUGGGCAAUCUUUACAAGGAUAUAAUUAUAAUGACCCAUCAGUAGAUAAUGUACAUUUGUUGAACUCCAUUUCCAUCGAUGAAGGCCAGACUCUGGGCCAGCCAGGAUCCCAGUCACUUUCAAAAAUUUCAGAUACACUUUCUAUCAAUGUUGCCUCCGGAGUUGGCUCUGUAGAUAGUCCUACUAGUCUUACCCAGCAGUAUAGCCCUCCAUCUAUAGACUUUUCUACUUCAGGACUUGGCUUACAUGGAAGUGAGUUAGGAAGCAUAGUUCAAAAACCUCUGGAUGGGAUAUCAGUAAAUAACCUACCAUCUACAUCACCUGUAUCAUUAACAGAUAGCCUUAAGCAAGAAGUCGUGGCUCCUGUAUCCCAUGCCAAACCAACAUUUAGUUUCGGUAGCCCACAGGAUAGUGUGUCUGCUAUUGACUUAGCAGCCCUGCAGCGAGGGUACUUACCUCCUGCAAAUGAAAUCUCUCAAAGUUCCUUUGUGCCCUCAACUGGACUUAGCCUACCUUCUAGUCUCCCCCUCAGUUCAACAACAUUGUUAAAUCUUCCCUCUGCAUUACCUUUUGAGUCAUCAGACUCAACAUCAUUUGGAUCACCAGGAUCACAAGGUUCAUCAUUGGCGGCAAGUUCACAAGGUCCAUCAUCAACUUCAACAUUUUCACAAGGAUCACAUUCAUCCUCUUCAUCAGGAUUAACUUUUCUUUCAAAUGCUAAUCAGUUUUCCUCUGUGGGAACCAGUUCUUUCAGUUUCCCCUCGGCAUCCCAGCCCUCCAGUGCACCAGCAGUCUUCUCCUUUAGUAGCACAUCCACAGGAUCUUCAUCCUCCCCUGCACUGUCCUCAGGUUCACAAGUAUCAUCUACUGGUUCCCAGACAUUUUCAUCUUUUUUGCCAACAUCAUCACAAGGUAAUAACAUCAACAUUGGAGAAGUUUCAUCUCCUCUCAGUUUGGGAUAUCUCCCUCCUGUUGGAGACUCCAGAAGAAAUAUACGUCAAACAGAGGAAGGACACAGCAAAAUUUAUGUUACCCCAAUACCAAACAAGGACCAAGGGCAGGUUGUUUCUGAGCAGCGAUCCAAUGGUGGAAGAGCUUUUAGACCAUCCCUGCUAUUUAAACAUGGUGACACUUCAGAUUUUCAGCCAAAAUCAUCAUCAAAUCGCUUUGGGAGGAUCUUCUUCCCUUCAGGUCGAAGGACUGAUGGCUUUCCCAUUACUUAUGUAGAUAAUACAAGGAGAUCCUUUGUAGCAAGUUCUAGUUCUCCAUUUAAUCCUUAUAAUAAAUACAGUCUCACCUGGAAGUCUUAGAGACUGGCCAUACUGGAUGUGCCUAAAAAUAUAACGUCAAGUCUAACAUAGUGGACUUUAGAAUUAGACGACAGUUGAAGUCGUAUUUUGGUGCGAUUAGGUUAAGUUAAUUGUUAGUCAUGUGUCAAAGUCUAACCCAAGGAGACAGUGCUGUGCACUGUUGAUGUACCAAGUCUUUCAAGACAAAUGUUUUGAAUCCAUCUUAAGGUUUUAACUAUAAAUCAACUUUUUUAAAAACCUGUCAGUUCUGAUUAAUUAAGUCUAUGGAUGUAACCUUAAGGAAGAGAGAAAUAUUUGUCUACAGCUAUCAGUAAAUUAUUAACAAAUAUCAUAUUCAUAAAACCGUACUCACAGCAGGCUAGUGAGAUUUGUUUUGUGUGUUAUUGUUGUUAUUGUUAGCAUACAUGUUCUUAUCUAUUAUAAUUAAUUACUUAAUAUAUGAAAAUAAAUUUCAUAAAUUAGAUUUUCUUUUCUUUUCUACACACCAGUAGGUUAUUCGUUACAUGCCUAUAGGAGUUUUCCUGAUUCCCAUUUCUUGUAAAUUAAGAAAUCCUGAGAAAACAGUUUAAACUCAAAUCACUCAAGCAUCAGAAUUAGUUUCAAUGCGUUUCUGUAUCAUAUUCGCAAGUAUGGUUUUGCCUUGGCAACAUGAAACAUGAAAAUGGCUGGGUAUCGAAUACUGAACGACGAAAAAAGGUACAAUCCUAAGAACACCAUGAGGUACAUCACAAACUCCAGACUGAAGAGGAAAUGUGUAGGAAGUAUCGAACUAAUAAAAUGCACAUUCAGUCAGAGAAAGAACUACGCCAAAAAUAGCUGAGAUGAAAAUAAAGUGGGGUAUUUGUGAGAGCCUGUCUGGAAAAGAAAGCAUUAAUUCGCUUUAACAAAUUUUAAAUUCCCCCCUUUCUCUCUGUCUCUCUAGGAUAGGAUAUUUUUUAUUCAUUUAUUAGAAUUAAAAUGUGAAAAAUAAAUAAUGUGCAUGGUAAAAUACAGAAAAAUUAUUUUUAUAAAAAUAUAGCAUUUUUUUCAUUGGUGAAGCAACAGGUUAUUUGGCCGUAGAUUUUAGAACGUUUUGAUUUGUUUGAUGUACUGAAUUUAGAGGCUAUAUUUCUGUUCAAUUAUUUUGUUUCCACUUAUAACUGAGGUAUGAGAACGUGUUUAACUUGUGUCCUUUUUAUUUG